AGAGCUGGUCACAGAGGGACAGUGGGUGGAAGAGAGACGAGGAGAGCAGAGCGACAUGGACUUUACUACCACGGUGGUAUUAGCCGGGCUAAUCGUAGCUCUACUGUGGGUUUUAACAGUGAAAAGCAGGAGGAGGUAUAAUUUACCUCCAGGACCUGUUGCCCUCCCUCUCGUAGGGAACCUGCCACAACUGGACAAAAAUGCACCUUUUAAAAGUUUCCUCAAGUUCAGUGAAACGUACGGUCCAGUGAUGACCUUGCACCUGGGCUGGCAGCGGAUGGUUGUUCUGGUCGGGUACGAUGCAGUGAAGGAGGCUCUGGUGGACCAGGCGGACGACUUCGCGGGCAGGGGGCCGCUGGCGUUUCUGGUCAGAGCCACCAGGGGCUACGGUUUGGGGAUGAGUAACGGGGAGCGAUGGCGUCAGCUGCGACGCUUCACCCUGUCGACCCUCAGAGACUUUGGGAUGGGACGUAAGGGCAUGGAGGAGUGGAUCCAGGAGGAGAGCCAGCACCUGAGGGGUCGCAUAGACUCAUUCAAAGCCGCUCCCUUCGACCCGACCUUCCUGUUUAGCCGCACCGUGUCCAAUGUGAUCUGCUGCAUGGUGUUUGGCCAACGCUUCAGUUAUGAAGACAAGCAGUUCCUGCAACUCCUCAACAUCAUAUCUGAAAUCUUAAGGUUCGGCAGUAGUCCUCUGGGUCAGAUGUACAACAUCUUCCCCUGGCUGAUGGAGCGUCUUCCCGGCCACCAGCACUACAUUUUUGCUCGAAUUGAGAAGGUGAGAGAGUUCAUCGAGACGAAGAUCCAAGAGCACAAAGAGACACUGGACCCCGGCUCCCCACGAGACUACAUAGACAGCUUCCUCCUCCGAAGUGAGCAGGAAAAGAACAAUCCCACGACUGAGUUCCACCACGACAACUUGGUGUCGACAGUGAUGAACCUGUUCCUGGCGGGAACAGAAACCACAAGCUCCACCAUCAGAUACGCCGUCAGUGUGUUCAUCAAAUACCCAAACAUACAAGAAAAGAUGCAGCAGGAGAUUGACGGUGUGGUCGGAAAGGACCGGUGCCCCAAAAUGGAGGACAGGAAGUCCCUCCCUUACUAUGCUGUCAUCCACGAGGUGCAGGCUUUUCUGGACAUCGUCCCCUUAGUCCCUCACUACGCACUGACGGACAUUUCUUUCAGGGGUUACACAAUCCCCAAGGACACUGCCAUUAUUCCCUUGUUGCAUUCUGUGCUCAAAGACGGAAAACAGUGGGCGACUCCCUGGACCUUCAACCCUCAGCACUUCCUGGACCACGAUGGAAACUUUAAGACAAAUCCUGCUUUCUUGCCGUUUGCUGCAGGGAAAAGAGCGUGUGUUGGCGAGUCUCUGGCUCGUAUGGAGCUCUUUAUCUUCGUGGUGUCUCUGCUGCAGCGUUUCACCUUCUCCUGCGCCGACGGCCCCGACAGCAUCAACCUGGUCCCUGAGUUCAGCAGCUUCGCCAACUUGCCUCGCAGAUACGAGGUCAUCGCUGCACCGCGGUGAACAGAGGACCUCCAUGCAGAAUAUACACACUACUCUCGUACUAGUAUACAGACUAUGUGAGACUAUACAUGUGUUAUAUAUACUGUGGACUAUACUCAGAGUGGAAGACUGUACCCAGGCUAUAAAUACAAUGUCAGACUAUAUAGACUAUGUCAGACUAUACUCAGACUAUACAGACUGCACACGAAUAUAGAAUAUAUCAGAAUGCAUAGACUAUUCUUGAGUUAUACUGUACUGAAAGUAUAUAGCAGACAGCUAGCAGGCUUUUAAAGAACAGCUUCUCCCCGAGCAGAAUUUUGAAGGUUUAUUCCUUUAAUGUGUAAAUUCAUAUAUGUAUUUUAUAUGGAGAGAUCUAUAUUGCCCUAGUAUAUAUAUGUAUUAUAUGUGAUUCAUAUAUAUAUAAGUAUACUAUAUGAAUUACAUAAUAUAUGUUCAUAUCCUUUAUAUUAAUCGGUGCUUGGUGCCUGUAUUAGUUGUUGACUUGCUUUCUUACACUGCAAAAAUAAAUGUAUUACUUUUACUACCAA